ACAAACGAGCUGAUAUCCCACGAGUCACACACACACACACACACACACACACACACACAUAGUUUGUUGACCUCUCGCCGCCGGUGGCCAUGGAGGGCGGCUUCAUCACGUCGGAGCUCCGCGGCGUGCUGGCCAAGGUGGCCGUGUUCCUGCUCGUGCAGGGCCUGGUGUACCUGAUCCUCAGCAACUCGUCAGACGUGUUCUCCAAAGAUAAGAAGCUCGGAUCACUGAGCUUCCGGUCGAUGCGGUCCAUGAGCGUGAGGCGCGUGCUGGCGCCGUUCUCCGACGUCCCCGUCGGCACCGACGAGCCCUCCUCGCCUUCGCUGCUGUCUUCGUGGCACUCGCGCGCGCCGCUCUGCUAACCGUCAGGGUUGAGUUGCUUGGAGAGCGGUUGCUUAGUUCUGAACGUCUGGCCAGUUCCUCUGUUCUGACUUCUGAGUUACCAUGGAUUCUUGUUGUGGUUGAGAUUUGAGAAUCAUAUUUGAACUCCCGUUAAGUGAGACUAGGUGGGAUCUGUAGAUAUGUCCACUGAAUUGAAUUGGGUGGAUGGAUUAUUUCAUUCUUAA